AUCCGAGAAAUCGGUUAGUAGAUAAAAGAGGUACUCUUACUCUGGGUCUGGGUAUGGAUGAAAUGUAUAUAAUGCUCAGAAUGAAUUAUUCUAAUUGAUAAAAGAGAAUUUAUUGAGAAAAUAUAAUUUCUGAAAAAGUAGAUGAAUUAUUGAUUGAAUCAAAUACUUCCCAAAACGGAAACUUGACAUUGUUGGUAGCACUGACAAAUACGGCUUUUCUAUUUGAGAAUAUCCUUUUCCGCUUUCAAAGCUUGUGUGCGUGUUGGUUAACAUAUUCAGGUGUAAUUUUAGUUAUUAAAAAUGAAAGCCAAAGGAGAGUUGAAGGAGUUCGAAGUGAUCGGCAGGAAGUUGCCAACAGAGAAGGAGAAGACCACUCCUCUCUAUAAGAUGAGAAUUUUCGCACCUGACGCCAUCGUUGCCAAGUCCAGGUUUUGGUAUUUCCUUAGGCAACUAAAGAAGUUCAAGAAGAGCACCGGUGAAAUUGUUCACUUAAAACAGAUCCCUGAGAAGUCUCCAGUGAAGAUAAAGAACUUUGGCAUCUGGCUGCGUUACGAUUCGCGGUCGGGAACUCACAACAUGUACAGGGAGUACCGUGAUCUGUCCGUGUCCGGCGCAGUCACACAGUGCUACCGUGAUAUGGGAGCCAGGCACAGGGCCAGGGCUCACUCCAUCCAGAUCAUCAAGGUGGAAGUUGUGAAAGCUGCUAACUGCCGACGACCUCUGGUGAAGCAGUUCCACGACUCUCACAUCCGCUUCCCUCUGCCCAAGAGGAUCCAACAGAAGAACAAGAUGCCCAAGUUCUCAGUCAGGAAGCCACGUACCUUCUUCCUCUAAGAUAACGGCUGUCAUUUGGUUGACUAAUAAACCUUUUAUUUAAAU